ACGAAAAAACGGUGGGUGUAUUUAGUCGUACACGAAUCUCUGCUCUGAAAAGAUCUCGCUGUCAAUUAUCGUAGAGCCAACUGGAUAACAAGGACUUGUAGAAAAUGAAGUCGUACCUUGCCCUCGUCGUCUUGGUAGCCUUCUUCGCAUCAGGAGAGGCGCUCAAGUGUUAUAACUGUCACGAUGAACCGAAAAAUACAACGUGCGGUGAUUCAUUCAAACCCUCCGAUGAUCUUCUUAAAGAAUGUUGGUCCGGAGAGCAAUGCACGAAACAAGUUUUGGUAACAUCCAAAAAUGGAACAUUCGUAGUGCGCGGAUGCGGCAAGCCCGAAGAUUUAAAUUUUGGCCCAUCUGCAGGCUCAAAAAUCAAAGGAAUGGGAAUCAAAGAUGCUGAAGUUCACUUCUGCGAUAACGAUAAAUGUAAUGGAGCGGGUUCUUUGGCCGCUACUGUAGUCACGACUAUGGGUCUUGCGGUGCUUGCUGCGAAAUGGAAUUAAAAAAAGUUUUUUUAAGCUAAGAAAAUUCCAAAAAAUGAGAAUUUAAUUAUCCACAUAAAUAAAUUCUAACGUUGAAAUAGAUCAAUCUUAAUUUAAAAUUAAAAUAUAUGAAUGUACUGAUUUUGUGAGGAGACAAUAAAAAAAAAAAAAAAAA